AUGCCAGCCUCCCACCCUUACUACCCCCUCGGGGCGAACAUUGUCGGCUAUUCGCCCAACCAAACCUCCGUCCUCGAGCUACUCGUCACGGCGGGUGGAGGAUGCGCGGCCUUGCUUGGAUUGACUUUUGCCGUGGCCAGUUAUGUGCGCCCAUCGCUGCGAAUGGCCGAUCGGAUUGCCAUCGUGUGGUUUGUGCUCUCUGGGACUUUACACUGCUUCUUCGAGGGCUACUUCAUGAUCCAUCAUGACCACAUGGCCUCGGCCCAGGAUCUUUUUGGGCAGCUCUGGAAGGAAUAUGCCCUGUCCGACUCUCGGUACAUGACCUCGGACACACUGGUGUUGUGUAUGGAGACUAUGACGGUGUUGUUGUGGGGACCUCUCUGCUUUAUCGUUGCCUAUCUGGCCGCACGGCGGCAUUCCCUGCGACACCCGAUGCAGUUGGUGGUGUGCAUGAGCCAUCUCUACGGGGAUACGCUGUAUUAUGCGACGAGCCUCUUCGAUGACUAUGUGAAGGGAGUGCCGUACUGCCGACCGGAGGGGUACUAUUUUUGGCUGUAUUACUUUUUUAUGAACUUCAUCUGGAUUGUGGUUCCGGGUUAUUACUUUUAUGACAGCAUCUCGACCAUUUCGGCUGCGAUUCGGGCCCAGCAAGUGUCAGACGAGCGGCGCAAAAGCCAGUAG